GAAUCAAAAACGAAUGUCUGUACUAGUACAAUGAUUCUGAUUGUUAUAACCAUUAUAAUUCUGGUGUAUCUAUAUCAGAAAUGGCACUACAGCUACUGGACAAGACGAGGUGUAUACCAAGUAGAGCCAAAGUUUUUCUACGGAAACUUAAGUGACGUGCUCAAAGGAAAAGUUAGUCUAAAUUAUCAAUAUAAGCUUUUCUACGAUCAGUUGAAAUCGAAAGGGGUCAAAUAUGGAGGACAUUACGAAUUCUUCAAACAGUCAUUUAUUCCAGUCGACUUGGAUAUUGUGAAAUCCGUUCUCCAGAAAGAUUUUGGCAGUUUUGUGAACCGCGGUAGUUACGCAAAUGAAAAAAAUGAUCCUUUGUCGGGCCAUUUGGUAUUCCUGGAGAAUGACAAGUGGAGGAAACUCAGAGCCAAGUUGACGCCUACGUUUACUACAGGUAAAAUGAAGAUGAUGUUUCCAACAAUGGUUGCCUGUACGGAAGAAUUAAAAAACGUUCUAGAAAAAGAAGCUAAUCACACCGAUGGUGUAGAUAUUAAAGAGAUUAUGUCAAGAUUUACAACUGACAUUAUCGGAUCUGCAGCUUUCGGCAUCGAUUGCAAUAGCCUCAAGAACCCUCAGUCGGAGUUUAGACAGUUUGGUAUAAAUAUAUUUAAAGGAGGUAGUAAAAAAGGUAAACUAAGGAUGCUGAUGAGAACUACUUUUCCCUCUUGGAUACUUGAUUUAAUAAAACUAAAGAUGCUUUCUCCAGAACUAGAGGACUUCUUUAUGGGUAUAGUGAAAAGUACCGUAGACUACAGAGAGAAGAAUAAUGUGUUCCGAAGAGACUUCAUGCAUUUAUUACUUCAACUUAAAAACAAAGGCAAAGUCACUGACGAUGAAGACAUUCAACCUGACGACCACAAAGACCCAAACGGUCACUACUUGUCGUUCAAUGAAGUAGCUGCUCAGUGUUUCGUCUUUUUCCUCGCUGGUUUUGAAACGUCGUCAACUGCUACAAGUUUUACACUAUUAGAGCUGGCGCAGGACCAAGAAGUUCAAGAUAAGUUAAGAAAUGAAAUAAAGACUGUAUUAAAAAAGCAUAAUAAUGAGAUUACAUAUGACGGGAUUAUGGAGAUGACGUACUUGGAUCAAGUUGUCAAUGAAUCUCUUCGUCUACAUCCACCAGCUGCAGCAGUAGCAAGAGUGUGUAAUGAGAACUUUAAAAUUCCCAAUACAGAUGUUGUCAUUGAAAAAGGAGUUAAGGUAGUCAUUCCAACCUUAGCCAUACACAGAGAUCCAGAUAAUUACCCUAAUCCAGAUCUAUUCGAUCCAGAAAGAUUUAGCGAAGAAAAUAAAGCUAAGCGACAUCCCAUGGCUCAUUUACCUUUUGGAGAGGGACCAAGAAUGUGCAUUGGUUCAAGAUUUGGACUAAUGCAAACGAAGGUUGGGCUUGUAGCGGUUUUAAAAGACUUUAAAGUAACACUGAAUAAAAAGACUAUACUACCCAUAACGUACUCUCCAAAAGCUGUAAUCAUUAGUGUAAAUGGAGGCUUAUGGAUAAAUUUGGAACCAAUAAAAUAAAUAGAAUUGUAUAUAGAGUAUUGUUAAGUUUGAAACCUUUUAGAAAUAAUUAAAUUAUGAUGUACA